CAUAGAAUCACACAACAAACGACAACAACCAACUAACCAAAAACAAAAAAAUGGAGCCAAAAAACCAUGGAAGCCAUGUUAUAGUCCUUCCAUAUCCAAGCCAAGGCCACAUAAACCCUCUCCUCCAAUUUGCCAAACACUUGGCCUCCAAAGGUGUAAAAGCCACAUUAGCCACAACCCAUUACACAGUCAAGUCCAUCUGUGCCCGAAACAUCGCCGUUGAGCCCAUCUCAGAUGGGUUCGACGACGGUGGUUUUACCCAAGCCCGCACGGAAGAUGUCUACCUCAAGUCCUUGAGAGACAAUGGCUCAAGAAGUCUCUCACAACUCAUUGAAAAAUACGAGGACUCAAAAUUCCCAAUCAAUUGUGUUGUCUAUGACUCAUUCUUCCCUUGGGCUCUUGAUGUGGCUAAGACCCAUGGCAUCUAUGGUGCACCAUUUUUCACUAACUCGGCCUCGGUCUGCUCAAUAUUUUGUCGCGUGCACCACGGUGUGGUUAGGUUGCCGAUGAAGGAGGAGGAGUUGCCGCUGAUGAUGCCAGCGAUGCCACCGAUGAACUUGGUGGACUUGCCGAGCUUUGUUCAGGCCCCUGAGAGUUACCCUGCUUACUUGGCUAUGCAAUUGACUCAGUACCCUAAUUUGGACAAGGCUGACUGGGUUUUUGGGAACUCCUUUGAAGAACUGGAAGGCCAGGUUGUGACAAAUGUAUGGGAGCUCUGGCCGGGAAAGUUAAUCGGUCCAAUGAUACCAUCGGCAUACUUGGACCAGCGAAUUAAAGACGACAAAGGGUACGGAGCCAGUCUAUGGAAGCCACUCAGCUCUGAGUGUGCCAAAUGGCUCGAAACCAAGUCUAGCCAAUCCGUCAUUUAUGUCUCCUUCGGAAGCAUGGUCUCAUUGACAGAGGAACAAAUGGAGGAAAUGGCAUGGGGAUUGAAGGGAAGCAAUUUGGACUUCAUUUGGGUGGUAAGAGAGUCUGAGAUUACUAAAUUGCCCUCUGAGUUCAUAGACUUAACAACCAAAGGCAAGGGUCUUAUAGUAACUUGGUGCAACCAGCUAGAAAUGUUGGCUCAUGAAGCCAUUGGUUGCUUUGUCACACAUUGUGGUUGGAACUCUACACUUGAAGGGUUGGGCCUUGGUGUGCCAAUGGUUGGGGUGCCAAAGUGGGCCGACCAAUUGACAAAUGCUAAGUUUAUUGAGGAGAUUUGGGGUAUUGGGGUCAGGGCUAAGGAGGAUGAGAAAGGGGUUUUGAGGAGAGAAGAGCUCAUGGGUUGUUUGAAGGAAGUAAUGGAAGGGGAGAGGAGUGUUGAGAUUAGAAAAAAUGCUUGUAAGUGGAAGGAGUUGGCAAAGGAGGCAAUUAGUGAAGGAGGGAGUUCAGAUAAGUCCAUUGAUGAAUUUGUGGAGCAUUUGAAGUGUGGUAAUGAAAAAGGAGUGGUAAAAAAAUUGACUGACGAAAAUGAUCAUUGCUAAUUUGAUACUCAUUUCGCCAAGAGAGUUGUAGGUUCAAAUUUCAGGUGGGGUAGUUGAGUAUAAUUUCCUUUACUUUUUUAAUAAGGUGUUGGCUUUCUAUGUCAACACGUGUCAUGUUGUGUCAUAUACUCGUAAUUGUUCGAUUUAAUUUUUGAUUUAAAAUAUUUAAAUCAUGAAAUUGUUCGUGAUAGAACAAAGUGAGUCACCAUUUUAAAAUAGUAGAAUUUAUUAUUUUUGUGGAAAAUGUGAAAAACAAUCCUUAGGGUGAUUUGCUGCUAAAAAAGUUUAUAAAAA